AUGAGGACCUUCUUGGGCGUGGGAAUCUGCAUAGGGGCCUUCCAGGUAGCCUGGCAAGCUCUGCCGGUCUUGAUCGACAGGAAGAUUGUCCAGGAUCCCGCGCUGGCACUGAGUGAAGCCCAGGUGAAGAUCAGCGAGACAUUCAUGUUCAUUGGCUGGCUGCUCGGUGCCAUCGCACUGCACCCCCUGAUGCAGAGGCUUGACCUGAAGCAGGUCCUUGUCCUCUUGGGUGUCACCAUGCUGGCCGUGUCCGUAGCAACCGUUACCCUGCCUUAUAUCACCAUGCUGAGCAUGACGCUCUUGUGUGGAGUGAGGCUGCUUCACGGGAUGUGCCUCAACAUCCAUGGUGUCCAGUACAUUUACAUGCAAAACUGCUUCCCCGGUUAUGGCCCGCAGCUCUGUGCCCUUGAGAACACCGUCUAUGCCUUUGUGUCCAUGCUGAUGGCCAUGAGCUGUGGGACUUUGACCCUCCAUACGGACUGGCGAGUUGAGGCACUGAUGUGGCUCGGCCUCCCACUGCUUCUCGGCCUUUGCACGGCCUUCCCAGAUCUUGGACUUGUGGUCGGGUCGCUCCCGAAGGCGUUGAUGACGCCUCCCAGCUAUGCCCAUAGCACCGGCCUGGAGAAGGCCCAUGGCAUGAGCCGCUCGAUGCAGAAGGACUUGGUGCACCUGGCGUUUUGUUUCAUGGCCACAGUCUUUGCCUAUUAUGGCUUGAGCUAUUCUGCGGACUCCCUCUCCACCAACCCCUUCCUCAGUGCCUUGCUCAUCAGUGGGUCGGAUGUGUUUGGCUGCAUGUUGGCCAGCAGGGCCAGGGACCUUGGCCGCAACCGAGCACAAGUUUCCGGAUUCGUGGUGGCUGGGGUGAGUCUGAUUGCCUGCGCGAUGGGGACGGUCGACAGCGUCUUCGUGAUAUCCAUGGCAAUGCUGGCGCGGGGAGCCUUAUCCCUGGUAGCGGUGGCCAUGUACGUGGCCUUGGCAGAUGUUUUUCCUCAGUGGUGUCAGAAGACAGCACUGCCCAGCUGCGAGAUCAUGGCCAGGGUCGGUGGCUGCUUGGUGCCAUCAUGCGGAGCCUUACCGGUGCAUCUCAGCUUGCCCCUUUUCGGAUCGGCAUCUUGGUAG